UUACGUGACCCGACCCCGGUGUUUCUCUGACGUGUCCUGGGGCUGUGGGUGACGUGUGGUCCGGACGGUGGAAGAUGUUGGACUUCUUCACGAUCUUUAGUAAAGGCGGCAUCGUUCUCUGGUGCUUCCAGGGGGUGCGCGGCUCCUUCAGCAGCCCAGUCAAUGCGUUGCUGCGUUCCGUCAUCCUGCAGGAGAGGGGCGGCAACAACUGCUACAACCAUGACUCCCUCACACUUAAGUACAAGCUGGACAAUCAGUUUGAGCUGGUGUUUGUGGUUGGAUAUCAGAAGAUUUUAACGCUGACGUAUGUGGACAAGUUAAUAGACGACGUCCAUAAAGAAUUCCGGGAUAAAUACCGCAAUCAAAUACAUCAGAACGGCGCAUUGGGCUUAUUAAAUGGCUCUUUUGAUUUCCAGGAUGAUUUUGAUUUUCUCCUCAGGGCAGCAGAGGGGAGCAGCAAAACCCGUUCCCCAGCCGCCAUGAAGACGUUUGAACAGUCAGAGAAGUCUAAAAAGACAGUGAAGUCCAUGAUCGAGAAGCCGGGAGAGAAACCGAAGGAAAAUAAUAAAAAGAACAAGUCUUCAAAGAAAGAGAACAUUGCACCAGAGGCAGUCGCUUCGAAUAAAGUGAAGAUCAACAGCCCUGCAUCAGCUGGGGAGAAGGAGGAGCUGACCACCGAGGAGACCAUCCAGAGGAAGCGUGAGGAGUUCUUUAAGAAAAGGAUGAAGACUGGGGAAAAAGCCAGCAAAUCCCCAAAACCAGAGACUCAAAAGGAGAAAGGAAAGCAACCCCGUGUGUGGGAGCUUGGAGCGUCAAACACCAGGAAAGAGCUAGACUACAGCAAACCCACCACCAACGGUAGUGUGGAGGAGGUGGCAGCACCCGAUGACGACCUGGAAGCACUGAGAAUCCGCAGUGGUCUCAUGUCAGGAAACCCCCCAGAUGUGGAGUAUGAAAGCAGCAGUGAAGAAGAAGAAGAAGAGGAGGAGCAAGAUGUCCCUUCUGUUCAAAAUAGGGCUGCUCCAUCUGCAGCCAAGUCCAGUGCCAAGAAGAGUAGCUUUGGAGGGAUGUUUGGGAUGUUGAAGGGCCUGGUGGGGGCUAAAAGUUUAACCUUGGAUGACAUGGAACCCGUGUUGGAUAAGAUGAAGGAUCAUCUCAUAGCCAAGAAUGUAGCUACUGACAUUGCUUUGCAGCUGUGCGAGUCAGUGGCAAAGAGACUGGAAGGAAAAGUCAUGGGAACUUUCUCAACUGUGACGUCUGCAGUGAAACAAGCUUUACAGGAAUCCCUGGUGCAAAUCUUGCAGCCAAAGCGUCGUGUGGAUGUGCUGCGUGAUGUGAUGGAGUCACAGCGCAUGCGUCGUCCGUAUGUCAUCACUUUCUGUGGGGUUAAUGGAGUGGGGAAGUCCACCAACUUGGCCAAAAUUUCCUUCUGGCUGAUUGAGAACGGUUAUAACGUGCUCAUAGCGGCUUGUGACACAUUCCGAGCCGGGGCGGUAGAACAACUGCGCACUCACACAAGACGCCUUAAUUCCCUGCACCCUCCUGAGAAGCACAAAGGGCGCACCAUGGUGCAGCUGUACGAGAAGGGCUAUGGAAAAGAUGCUGCUGGAAUUGCCAUGGAGGCCAUAGCUUAUGCUCGCAAUCAGGGCUUUGACGUGGUGCUGGUUGACACUGCUGGCCGCAUGCAGGACAACGCUCCCCUGAUGACUGCUUUGGCCAAGCUCAUUGCUGUCAAUAUGCCAGAUCUUGUCCUAUUUGUUGGAGAAGCCUUGGUUGGCAAUGAGGCCGUGGAUCAGCUGGUGAAGUUUAACAAGGCCUUGGCAGAUCACUCAAUGUCGGAGAAGGCGCGUCUCAUUGAUGGGAUUGUGCUCACCAAGUUUGAUACAAUUGAUGAUAAGGUGGGUGCUGCCAUCUCUAUGACGUACAUCACCGGGCAGCCUAUUGUGUUUGUGGGCACAGGGCAGACGUACUGUGACCUGCGCAGCCUGAAUGUUAAGGCCGUGGUGGGUGCGCUGAUGAAAGCCUAAGUGAUGUCUGUGUGCGCAGAUCUCUUCAUUAGUGUUCUAUAUGCCGUAUUAUUAUCUUCUGAUGUUUACAGUCUGCUGCCUGAAUCCCUAUUGAGCUUUAUGUGCCUCAUGCUGAAGAAUGGGGGACAGAACCUAGAUAUAAACAUUUUAAACGGUCGUACUAUAGAAUACAGUCAAAUUCCAAUAAUCUGGCAUCCUCAGGAGCGCAGGAAAGUAAGAUUAUUUGGAAUUCAAAAUGAUUGGAAGUCAGGACUCACCCUAUCGCAGCUGGCACCCCAACUGUGUAGGUACCAACUCCAUGUCGAGGUGCUGAUAACUUGAGACCCAACAGGAGGCACCAACACCCCGGCAGUGGGAACACUCGGCUAUCACUAGACUCCCACAAGAUGAUGAUAUGCUCACACACAACAUUUUUAGGCAGUGCCUGUAGCAUCAUGGUUGGCCAGCAGGAGGCGCUGACCAAAUGCAUCAUUAUAUUGCUGCUAAAUUUAAAUCUGCAAUCUCUUAAAGGGGUCUUCUGGUUUUAUGUGAAUAAACCUUUAUCGUGUAAUAGAAGUCUCUAGAACUUUUUAAUAGACUGUUCUAAUUCUCCAUUUUUUUUAAUCUCAGCAUGCUGAGAGAUCAAAAUUGUUUUCCAGACGUAAUACAUCUCACAGCAGAGGGUUUGUUGUAUUAUAACCAGUCUAGACCAUCUUAUACGAGCUGAAAAGCUCUCUUGCCUGCACGCAUACAUUGUACUAACUGUUAGGACAGAAAAGAUCUCAUGCGUUUAGAUCACAAAGGCUUGUAUAGACUGAUACACUGCAGCAAACACUCUGCUAGUAGUAUAAGCUCUGUAGAGUUUUCCAGCCUUUUUGGAAGUAAAUAAAUGUUUUAAUCUAGUGAAGGCAAGCGAGGAUCUUCAAAAUGGGAGGAAAAAAUGUAAUACGAGACACGCAAGAAGGUUGUGGACUGCUUCAUUUACAUUUUACUGGAGGACCCCUUUAAGUUUUCCUGUCACUUGCCCAUAAUGGAGGCUGCCCUUUUGUGAGAUCAAUAAAUAGCACUGUACUAAGAACUAGUCAACUGGCCGAGGCACAAGGCAAUUUGCUCCUCGUGCCUCGAUGAGCAGCAGUUCUUAGUACAGUGACAGCAGCUGGCUGCCUCCAGGGGGCGCUUGUGUUCAGUAUAUUACUGGCCACAGAUCUCUGGGUUCAUGCUUGUCUGUCUAUGUAGGAGGCCCAUAUCCUCACCUUCAGAACCGUUCUGUAUGUUCUGCUACCAUCCUGCUCCAUUCAGAUGGGGAACCUGGUUUAAAGGGUAACUAAACCAUUGUUGAAAACACAAAGGCACACAAGUGCUGCCCACAGCACUCUGCCACCUUGCCUUUCAUCAACGUUACUCGGCUUUUCGAGCGUGUGGCAUAUGGAUCUAUUAUAUUUUCCAUGGUUCUGAGCUCGAAAAGCCAAGCAGUUAAUGAAGGCCAAAGGAGCAGCAGGAGAGCGCUCGGAACAACGCUUCUGCAUUUUUUAUUUAUUUAUUUUUUAAUGAAAAGGUUUAGAUACCCUUUAAUGACACCUUGUUCCGCAUACUCUAGUGGCGCCAUGUUCUGCUGACGUGCAAUAUAUGGAUCAGUCUAGUUAAUGAGAGUAAAACCUAAUUUAUAAGAGAAUAAAUUUCUUAAAUAA